AUGUCUCAAAAUAAAAUUGAAAAAAUAUCAAAAGAUGUUGCAGAACGAUUAACCACGGCCCAGGUCGUUGUCAGUCUGUCAAGUGCUUUGCGACAGCUCAUCGACAAUUCAAUUGAUGCCGGAGCGACGAUUAUUGAUAUUCGUGUCAAAAACAAUGGAUUCGAUAGUAUUGAAGUGCAAGAUAAUGGCUCUGGAAUUGAAUCACACAACUUUGAUGCUCUCUGUAAACCGCAUUCAACUUCGAAACUCACACAGUUUUCUGAUUUCGACAAGCUUGCGACUCUUGGAUUCAGAGGAGAAGCUCUAAACGCAUUGUGUACUGUUAGUUCUGUUUCCAUCUUUACUCGUGCCGCCGACUCUGAAAUUGGCACUCGUCUUACUUAUGACCAUUCUGGAAAUAUUACUGAACGACAAUCUGCGGCUCGUGAAUUGGGAACAACAAUUAUUGUCAAUAAACUUUUCGAAACGCUACCAGUUCGAAGAAAAGAACUUGAACGAAAUCAGAAGCGAGAAUUCGUAAAACUGCUUAGCACUGUGCAAUCAUUUGCUCUUCUGUGUCCCCACGUCAAAAUAUUGUGCACGAAUAAUAUUGCGGGAAAGAAAACUAAUAUUAUCUGCACACCAGGAGGCACUUCUUCUGUUCAAGAUGUUGUCACCAAUUUGUUCGGUUCGAGAAGAGGGGAAAAUUCGAAAACUGGAUCGUCGGCUCUGAUUCCCAUACUACAAGAACAACCGGAUUUCGAAAUUAUGACAAUGCAUUCGAUCCCGAUGGAAGAAACGCAUUUUUUCGAACUGUUCAAAAUUCGUGGAUUUGUCAGUAACUGCGAGCAUGGAUGCGGACGAGGGACAUCAGAUAGACAGUUUGUAUACAUUAAUAAUAGACCAGUCGAGUAUACGAGGGUGUGCACUGUUAUUAAUGAUGUCUACAAGCAGUUCAAUAAAAGCCAAUAUCCAAUUAUUGUGCUUUUCAUCGACGUUCCGCCAGAAAAGAUUGAUGUCAAUGUGACACCUGACAAGAAGACAGUAAUGUUAGAGAAGGAGCGACAUCUUUUGGCAGUUAUUCGUGCUUCGAUGAUGAAAACUUAUUUGAAAAUUGUCGGUUUCGCUUCCUCGAAAUCUCCGAGUCCGGAUGAUUUCAAUGACACACUUCUCAACUCAACAUUCCCAGAUGACUCUCUUCUCAAUACUUCCGAUCUUUUGAAACAAAGAUCAGUGACUCGAUCUCCUCCUGCCAAAAAGCCUUGUAUGAUGUUUCGAAAAGCAGCGCCGACCUCAUCGAACGAACCUUCGACAUCAUAUGCCAACACAACUACCAGAUCACAACGAUUAGAAAACUUUUCGUUUACUAUGGAACCGAAAAGAAUCGAAAUUCCGAAGAAAACAAAAGAUAAGCCAGUAGAAAAGCCGUCGGAAGAAGAAAUAAGAAGUGCAGUGAUCGCCGAAAAAGCUGGGAAUCAAUCGGCAGAGGAAACAAAUGAUGAUGGAAUUGAAAUUAUAGAACCAAUACAAGAAUCACAAGAUGUCGUAUUGAACGACUCACAAUGUUCACAAAAUUCUCAAGUUUCUCAGUAUUUGUUGAGGCCACAGCAAAAAAUAAAAUUCUCGAUGAAACGUCUUCGUGAUGUAUAUGCUCGGCACAUCGAUGUAAACCCUGAAGUUCAAGAAGAGGACACUCAUGAAAACGACGCAUUGGACGAAAUUACAACUGGAUUCAAAAAAGAAGAAAGCGGUGAUGCGGAGCGACAACUGUCGAGAUCGCUAACAAAGGAAGAUUUCACAAAUAUGAAAGUAAUCGGACAGUUCAAUCACGGUUUCAUCAUUUGUCGUCUUCGUGGUCAUCUUUUCAUUGUCGAUCAGCACGCCAGCGACGAGAAAUAUAAUUUUGAACGGCUUCAAAAUAGUGCGAAACUCACCAAACAGCCACUUUUCACGCCGACUGCGCUCGGGUUUGGUAGUGUUCAAGAACUGAUAAUUCGCGAGAAUUUACCGAUUUUCCAAGCGAAUGGAUUCGAUUUUGAAUUUAGAGAGAACGAUGGUUGCCUGAAAACGUUUUUAACUGCAAGACCUGAGCUCUUAAACCAACAGCUCACAAAUAGCGAUCUCGAAGAAAUUCUUGCCGUCGUGUCAGAUUAUCCAAACCAAAUGUAUCGUCCAGUCCGUAUCAGAAAUAUUUUUGCAUCGAAAGCGUGUCGAAAGUCAGUAAUGAUUGGAAAACCGUUGGAUCAACGUGAAAUGACACGAAUUAUCCGUCAUCUGGCGAAGCUAGAUCAACCUUGGAAUUGCCCUCAUGGAAGACCAACAAUUCGUCACUUGGCAACACUGCCGAAUCGAACAGAAACUGAUUAG